AUGCUCCAAACUGCUAACAUCGUCAGAGAGCUUGAGGGCGUGCAGACAGAUGUCUUGCUUCAAGCAUAUGCGGACCGCACAUUGGUUCUGGUGACGCAGCUGGGUAAAGUGGGGAGCUUAAUCCAGGCAACGAUACCUUCGACGAUGCCUUUGCUGCCGCCCCCACCACCUGAUCCAGAGAAUCCCAAUGUCAUCCCUCUCCCGGUUCCACCACCAUCCCUGCAGCUAAUGCCUUUGCUGGGGAGCGCGCCAUCCGAUCGUGUGCAGACGUUGCAUGCUCUCUACGCAUCUCAGAUCGCCACGCUCGUGUGGACGAUGGAGGAGGCGAGCGUACUGGAAGCGGACAGACGGCCGGUGGUGGUUGGUAUCGCAUUGGCCAAAACCUCAGGUCCGCCGGAAUCGUCUGAACUCGGUCCGCGCGAUCGCGCGGUGUUCUAUGGGGUCAUGGACCUGGUGAGAGAGCUGCUAGCACGAAAAUGAAGGAGUCGUUGUGAGUAUCGAAGAGCUCCAGAUGGUCUAUCUGUUUCCAGCCCCGUCGUUGACCCCGAUUGCCCCGAUUGAAAGGUCUGAAGAAACCUAUGUCACUGUACGCUAUCAAUAUUAUACAUGCC